CUUGGUGCGGUCCGGCAGCAUGGCCGCCGCGUGGAGGCCGUGCUCCGGGCUGUUGCGGGCGCUGCGCAGCCCGGUGCGUCCCGGGGCGGGGGACUCGGGCCUCGCCUGCUCCGGCUGCCCCCUCGGAGCUAAAAGAUAUCUGCUUACAGAUAGUGUUGUGAAAUUAAAAGAAUUUCAGCAUAAGAAGGUGGCUAUUGCAUAUAAUCUUCCCGGCACCAAAGAAUCCUAUCUGAGAGACUUGCAAGAGAAGUUGACCCAGAACAAGCUCAUCUUGAAGGAGGAGUUGAGAACUCUGCUUCAUUUAUGCAAUUCCCGGGACGAUGUGGAGCUGGCUAAAAAUGUCAUUUACAGGUACCACGCGGAGAACAGAAAUGUCACCUUGGGGGAGUAUAAGUUUGGACCGCUCUUCAUGAGGUUGUGCUACGAGCUGGAUCUUGAGGAGUCUGCAGUGGAGCUCGUCCAAGACCAGCAUUUACGAGGUUUCUUCUCAGACUGCACGUCAUUCAACCUUUUGAUGGAUAUGUUAUUUAUCAAAGGCAAAUAUAAAAGUGCACUGGAAGUGUUGAUUGAGAUGAAAAACCAGGACGUGAAGUUCAGCAGAGACACCUACGUCCUUGCUUUUGCUGUUUGCUACAAACUGAAUAGCCCUGAGUCCUUCAGAAUCUGCACCACGUUGAGGGAAGAAGCACUCCUCAAGGGAGAUGUCCUGUCCAGGAGAGCAUCCUGUUUCGCCGUGGCUCUGGCUCUGAGUCAGAACCAAGUGGCAAAAGCCGUAUCCAUCUUUUCUCAAAUCAUGAAGCCAGAAAGCAUAAUCUGCACUAAUUUGAAUGUUAUGAUCCACAUCCAGUCAAAUGCGCCAACAACCCUGAUAGAGAUACUAAGGGAUGCCACAGAGGGAAACUUAUCCAGGUUUGUGAAAAGACACGAGUUCUCAGAAGAAGUGCUGGCUAAAGUGAGGGAAAAAGUGAAGGAUGUGCCCGUCCUCCUGGCUCAAUUUGACGAGAUCUAUGGGAAGCUGCACGUAAAUGGCCAGGUCACCACCUACACUUUGGAUGCUCUGCUCUGCCACACUCCCCGGGACAGGAAAUCCCACACGGUGCUGUUGAACAAGAGGACGGUCAGCCGUCGGACCCUCCAGCCGCUCAGCCAGUCCCUGUGGGCUGAGUAAUGCCCGUUCCAGCCACCCGUGGGUCUGAGGUGGAGGGAUCCUGCUUGUGGUGAGUCACUGGCUUCCCGAGAAAUUGGGCGUCGUACACCAGCAGACACUCUGCUCAACCUGCUCUCCUCCUUAAGUUGCCGGCUUCGUUGAGGGCUGGCGUGCUGCCCUGGGAGGUGCCUGUGGCCGCUGUGAAGAUGUGGAUUCCAGCAGGCAAGGAGCUCACCUCAGAAAGGAGGCUUCCCCUGGUGAGCUGCUGGGAGUCCUUGAAGGAAUGCCGUCACCAUCGCCAGUCCCACUUCCGGUGCCGGAUGGAGCCCCGUGAGCACCCGUGGGAAGGAGUGUCGCUGUGCAUGGCCAGCUCCGACUCACUUUCAGGGGCGUUACUGCGGGUCACACCCGUGCUGCGCUCAGGAGCUCUGGCCUGUUCUGCCGCUGGGAGCUGGCCCAGCGUUUUCUCACCUCUGCCGUCAUCGUUUAUCUGUGACCCGAAGGAAGGGACCUGAGCCCUCCCUCUUCCAUCUCUGAAAUAACGGAGCCUGUGUGAGUCAGCAUAUCGAUUUGAAGUUUCCAUUCAAGGUUCAGUAGGGUCCAAUUUUCUCAAAAAUAAGAGGAAUAAAAGGGUUCCAGAGAAGAUGUCUUGGGGUUAUGCUUUGUUUCCUCAGCAGCAUAAACAGAGCCAGAAGUUAGCUCUCAGGAUUGAUAACCAAAAUUUAAAUGAUUGCUACAUCGGUCAUGGGCAAGCCAUGUGCUUUUCAAAAUACAUGCCAAUAAAACCACAGAAUGCCCUCCA